AUGGCAGGCCAAGAGGCUCACGUCUACAAAUACGCAGACAGAUCACAACUGUUCUACCAGUGCCAGAUCAGUAUCUCAAUCAAGGACCCCGGAAGUGAGUGCCCUCGUCCACAGUGCGCUGAGCCCACUGGUUUCGGAGCCGUCAAGCAGGGAACCCCUAAAACUGAUGCAGUUGCUGCUGGUGCUGCUGCAGGAGCACCCGGAGCAGUGGAAGCUGCUGGAGCAGCUGGAGGAGCCGCAGGUGGAGCUGCCGGUGGUGCAGCCGGUGGAGCUGCAGGAGCCGUUGGGGCAACCAGAGGAGCUGCAGCUGGAAUUGCUGCCGGAGCUGCACAGUUGAGACUGCUAAGAAAGAGAGCAGUCAACAAUGAGGCAAUUCUGGAUGACUCGCUGCCAUCAGCACUUCGAGCCAUCGCACCAGCUGCGCUCGUCAGCAACGACCGCUUCGACUCCACCGUGUGCCUGUCUCCUCUCUCGUUCGCUGCUUUCAUCGGCCUGGGAAUCCUUCUGGCCACGGCUCUAUCUGCCUUCGUUUUCUACACUGCACGACCCCAUCACAAGUUCUAA